AUGACGCGGUGGAUUCCCACUAAAAGAGAGAAAUAUGGAGUGGUUAUCUAUAACUAUGAAUCCAGAGGAGAGCCAGAGCUGAGUCUUCAGGUGGGGGACACGGUACACAUACUUGAGACGUUUGAAGGGUGGUACCGAGGAUACACACUACGACAGAAAUCACAAAAGGGCAUUUUCCCUGCCAACUAUAUUCAUUUGAAAGAAGCAAAAGUUGAGGGAACCGGGAAACAAGAGACUGUUGUACCUACAGAUGUGCCCUUGGUCCAGGAGCUGGGCACCACAUUACGAGAAUGGUCACAAAUAUGGCACAAGCUUUAUGUGAGCAACAAGACCACGCUGUUCCGGAGCGUUCAGCAGAUGGCCUACAGCUUGAUCGAGUACCGCUCACACUUUGUGUCUGGUACGCUUCCCAACGACGACCUUGUGGAGCUCAAGAAGAAAGUCACAGCGAAAAUUGAUUAUGGGAACAGGAUUCUGGGUCUUGAUUUAGUGGUGCGCGAUGAAGCAGGAAACACAUUAGACCCCGAACGCACGAGCACAGUCAGUCUCUUCAGGGCUCACGAGUCAGCAUCACGCAGUAUUGAUGAGAAGAUACAGGAGGAGAAGAUGCGGCUUCAGAACCUGGAGAAGCGGCGUCAGACACUCUUCAGCGGCGUGCACACGUACAGCCUUCUAAUAAAUCUCAGAAACUUUGUAUGCAACAUCGGCGAGGACGCGGAACUCUUCAUGUCAUUAUACGAUCCUGACAAAUCUGAGUUUAUUAGUGAAAACUUUCUGGUACAGUGGGACAGCACAGGCAUGCCGAAAGAGAUCGAAAAACUCAACAACCUUCCUGCACUCUUCACGGAUCUGAGUAGCAGUGACCUCAUCAGACAGCGUCUCUUCCUGGUGUGUCAGAUCAUCCGUGUGGGGUGCAUGGAGCUGAAGGAGGGAAAGAAACACACAGGGGGACUGCGGAGGCCGUUUGGAGUAGCAGUCAUGGAUAUCACUGAUAUUGCUCAAGGGAACAUUGAUGAUGAUGAUAAGCAGUAUUUCAUCCCAUGUCAACAGAUUGCCAUGGAAACGUACAUCCGUCAGAGGCAGCUAAUCAUGUCUCCUCUCAUCCCGUCUCGUGUCAUUGGCGAGAAUGAGCCUCUCGCUGCUGUCUUCAACAAGGUCAUAGCAGCGCGAGAGUUUAACCACAAAGGACAGGGUUUGUUUGUGACCCUAAAGCUGCUGCCUGGAGAUGUGUGUCAGGUUCAAAAAAAUUACCCUCAUUUUGUGGAUCGCACAACAGCUAUAGUCAGGAAAAUGGGCUUUCCUGAAAUUAUCCUGCCAGGUUAUUUAAGGAAUGAUAUAUAUGUUACGCUGCUACAAGGAGAAUUUGAUCGUGGCAAAAAAAAGACCCCCAAAAAUGUAGAAGUUAUGAUGAGCGUGCUGGAUGAAGAUGGAAAUCCCAUGGAGAAAGCCAUGUUUCCUGGAGCUGGUUAUGAAGGGAUCACUGAAUACAAGUCUGUCAUCUACUAUCAAGUCAAGCAGCCCUGCUGGAAUGAGACGGUUAAGGUGACCAUUCCCAUUGAGGAUGUGUGUCGAUGUCAUCUGAAGCUCACCUUUAGACACAGAUCGUCUCAAGAUUCUAGAGAUAAGUCCGAGAAGCCUUUUGGCAUGGCUUUUGUUCGCCUGAUGAAGUCGGAUGGCACCACACUUCCAGAUGGAAAACACAAACUCAUUGUCUACAAGGUAGAUGUGAAGAAAGCUGACGAUGCCAAGACGUAUUUGACUCUGCCUGGUUCGUAUGCUGAUGUGGAAGAGAAAGAGAGACAGACGGGAAAAUCCUUUCAUCAUGGUGGCAUCAUUCCCAUCACCAAAGACAGCUUCCAGAUCGCCACCCUCACCUGCUCCACAAAGCUUACACAAAACGUUGACCUUCUGGGGCUUCUCAACUGGAGAUCAAACACUGAGAGACUUGAAGAAAUCCUUCAGAAACUGAUGGAAGUAGAAGGAGGAGAGAUAAUUAAAUUCCUGCAGGACACACUGGACGCUCUCUUUAAUAUCAUGAUGGAGACCUCAGAGGAAGAAACCUAUGAUACACUGGUUUUCAAUGCCUUGGUUUUCAUCAUCUCACUCAUCGGCGACGUAAAGUUUCAGCAUUUCAACCCUGUUUUGGAGACCUACAUUAGCAAUCACUUCAGCGCUACUCUGGCGUACCAGAAGUUGACCAAAGUGUUGAAUUAUUUUGUGGGCCAUGCUGAGGACCCGGCUCAUACGGAGCGACUGUACGCCGCUUUGAAAGCCUUCAAGUAUCUUUUUUAUUUCAUUGUGCAGUCUCGGAUUCUCUAUUUGAGGUUUUAUGGGAAAAGUGAAGAUGGAGGGCAGUUUCUCGACUCCAUUCGGACCUUAUUUCUUUCUAUCAGUAUUCUGAUGGACAGACCUCUGGAUGAAGGAGUGAAAAUAAAGGGAGCAAUCUUGAAAUAUCUUCCCACCAUCAUCAAUGAUUUGCAGAAGGUCUUUGACGCUGUAGAGCUCAGUGUUCAGCUGGCUAAGUUCAUCGAAAGCAUCCCAGAUUCUCAGAUGGUGAGGCAGAAGCUGGGCUGUCUGGUGAAAAUUGUUGAGAGUAACCUGUUCAAACAGCCAGACUGCAGAGAUGUUUUGUUGCCUCUGAUCACAGAUCAGUUGAGUGGGCAGCUGGACGAUAACUACAACAAACCUGAUCUCGAGGCUUGUGUCCAGCUGCUGAGCACCGUCCUGGACAUGCUGGACUGUAAAGACGUGGGUCCCACAUGCGGUCAUGUGAAGUUAAUCGUGGACCGUCUCUUGCGGAGGGUCAACCGUACAGUCAUCAACCUGAGUUUGGACUCUCCCUUCUUAGGCCACUACCUGGCAUGCAUGACCGCAAUCCUGAAACAAAUGGAAGACGCACAUUAUGCACAAUACAUCAGCACCUUCAAAACCAGGCAGGACAUUAUCGACUUUCUAAUGGAGACUUUCAUCAUGUUCAAAAACCUGAUGGGCAACGUGUUUCCGCCCGACUGGAUGAUCUUGAAUCUUCACCAAAUGAAAGUCUUUCUGUGGGCGAUUGACCAGUACUCAGAUGUUCUCAACAGAUACUUCCUGGACUCCACACACUUCCACUUGCAGCUUUGGAACAAUUAUUUUCACCUGAUUGUUGCCUUCCUUACCCACAAGUCCUUGCAGCUGGAGUCUUUCUCGCUCGAGAAGCGCAACAAGAUUCUCAACAAGUACGGAGACAUGCGGAAGAGCAUCGGCUUCAAGCUGAGAGAUAUGUGGUACAACCUCGGCCAAGAGAAGAUGAAGUUCAUCCCUACGAUGGUGGGGCCGAUCCUGGAAGCCACGUUAGUGCCGGAGCCGGAGCUGAGGAAAGCCAUCAUCCCCAUCUUCUUUGACAUGAUGCAGUGCGAACACCAUUUCAGCACCAACCACACCUUUCAGAAGUUUGAGAAUGAGUUAAUCACAAAACUAGACCAGGAAGUUGAAGGAGGCCGCGGUGAUGAACAAUACAAGAUUUUGCUGGAGAAAACGCUGUUGGAGCGCUGUCGACGGCACCGCUAUCUUUCUCAGUCUGGUGAGGCGUUGGCUCUUCUUUUAAGUAGUCUGCUGGAGAACCUGUUGGCUUACCGCACCAUCACCCAUGAUGAGAGCCCGGAGCUCCGCAUGAUCUGCACCGUCAACGUCCUGAACUUUUACAAAGAAAAAAAGAGGGAGGAUAUUUAUAUCCGGUAUUUGUACAAGCUACGUGAUCUACAUCUAGACUGUGAGAACUACACAGAGGCGGCCUACACCCUGCUGCUCCAUGCUGAACUGCUGGAGUGGUCCGACAAACCAUGUGCGCCCCACCUGAUCCCAUGGGACGGAACUCAGGGGUGGACGCAACAAGAGCUAAAGGAAAGACUUUUUCAGGAGAUAAUGUGCAAUCUGGACAAGGGCAAAAUGUGGGAGAAGGCCAUCGAGAUGGCCAAACAGUUGGUUAAACUUCACGAAAACCAAAUGUUUGAUUUCAUAGAGCUCAGUCAACUGCUGAAACAGCAGGCGCAGUAUUUUGAGAACAUCAUGCACGCAAUGAGACCCCAGCCAGAAUAUUUCGCAGUGGGAUACUAUGGACAGGGUUUUCCAUCCUUCCUCAGGAACAAAAUGUUCAUUUACCGUGGUAAAGAGUAUGAGUGGCUGGAGGACUUCAGCUUGAAGCUGAUGUCUCAGUUUCCCAAUGCAGUGAAGAUGACCAUCACAUCGCCCCCUGGUGACAACAUCUGCAACUCACCCGGUCAGCAUAUUCAGUGUUUUAUGGUGAAGCCUGUCCUAAACUUACCUUCACAGUUCAAGGACAAGGAGCUUCCUGAACAAAUCCUCAAUUAUUACAGGACAAACGAGGUGGAAAAGUUCCAAUAUUCAAGACCGUUCAGGAAAGGAGAAAAAGAUCCUGACAAUGAGUUUGCUACCAUGUGGAUCGAAAGGACCACCUUUAUCACAGCAUACCGCUUCCCAGGAAUCCUCAAGUGGUUUGAAGUGAAAUCCAUGUCGGUGGAAGAGAUCAGCCCUUUGGACAACGCCAUAGAAACAAUGGAGCUGACCAAUGAGAAGCUGAGUAAUCUGGUGCAGCACCAGGCGUGUGACCGCUCUCUCCCUGUGCACCCCCUCUCCAUGAUGCUCAAUGGAAUCGUGGACCCAGCUGUCAUGGGUGGCUUUUCCAACUACGAGAAGGCGUUUUUCACAGAGGCCUACAUGAAGAAGAACCCCGACCACCUGGAACGCAUUGAAGUCUUAAAACACCUGAUUGCAUUGCAGGUCCCGCUGCUUGAUGAGGGGAUUCGGAUCCACGGGGAGAAAUCCACAGAACAGCUCAAACCACUUCACAACAGACUCGUCACCUGCUUCCAGGACCUGCGUGCUAAAGUGGAGAAACUCUACGGUGUCAUUACUCUUCCCUGCUCUCUGACAGAGAAGAAAAAGAGUCGCGUGGGGUCGGUGGUGAUGCCGUACAUCAUGUCCUCCACACUCAGACGGAUGUCCACCAUCUCAAACGCCUCCUCUGGACACUCCACCGGCUCAGGCUCCUCCGAUGGAAACUCCUCCAGACCUGCUUCCCAGGACUCGCUGCUCUCCCGUGUGAGCGACAGCAGGGUUUCGGUUCUGUCUCGCUCAGAGGAAGAUAAUCGGAUAAGUAUAAGGAACAGGAAAGAAUGGAGUAUGAGCAAGUCUCAGGUCUUACUGGAGCGUCCCGCUGACAGCGACGAGAUUCCUCCAGAGAAGCAGCCUAGGCCUAAAAGUCUGACGCUAGGAGAUCGGAGGCUAACACUGUCGCCGUUUCAUGGAGAAUCAUCCAGUUUGAGUUUACACAACCCUGUCAGCCCUCUGCCUGCCUCACCGCACACACCACGCAGCUCCAGUUACACGUGUCUCCCAAGCGAGAGUGACUUCAGCUCAUUGGACAUCAUGAACACCCCUCCACCAAUGCCACCCAAAAAACACCCUCACGAGAGUGAGAGCAUCUAUAACUCCACCUCUGACUUUACACCGCCUUUACCGACGAAAGCUGAAAACAAGCCUCCACCGCCGCCACCCAAAACACGCAAGUCCAUGUUUCCCACCAAUGAGAGCAAUCCACAGUAAACCCAGUCCAGUUCUCCUGACGCCUGCGGUACUCUCUCAGAUAAUUGCGUGCUGUGAAAAAACCCCACUACUUAAUGGUACUUCUUCCUCUUUUAAAGGGGUCCUAUUAUGCUCUUUUAACAAGGUCUUGAUUUUGGUUUGGGGUGUACUAAAACAGGCUCUCAUACUAGGUUAGUCAAAAAACAGACUAUUUUUCACACAUUUUACAUUAUGACAACACCUCUCUCCCUAGUCUGGCAUAAACAGAUCGAAUGGUUCCUGUAUCAAAUCCAAGGCCCGCCUUCUGGAAUUGGAGAUGUGCUGUGAUUGGUUAGCUGGGCCAGUGUGUGUUGUGAUUGACAGCACUCGGCGCCUGGUUGGGAAAUGUCCUGCCUCUUACUAAAGCUGCCUGCUGCGAGCUUCAGUGUAAAUAUUGCGUUAAAAUCAAAUCAGUUUGAGUCGCGUCUUCUCUAAUGUCUUCUCUAAUGCAGCUCAACCAGGUCUCAUCCCAUUCAUCGAUCUUUGUGAUAUCACAAAUCCAGGAAAAUGUGCGUUGUAGUCCAAAGGAGUCAUUCGUUGUAGUUUUUGAAAAGUGAUUUCUGUUAAAUAAAAUAUCUCUUUUUGAAUUGGACUUUGAGCUUUGUAACUUUGCAGAUCUUUUUUAUGCUCAAACAGCAACAUUACAGACUAACUAAAGUUGAAAAAGUGAAAAAGCAUAAUAGCACCCCUGUAAAAAAUUCUGAGCUGAGAUAUUGUUUGUCAUGGUUUUUUGGAAUUCCUGAUUAAACCUGUUUAUAAUUUAUUUUUGGUAGCCAAAACAGCAGUUUCAUCCUGAUAAAGCAUUAUUAUAAUUUUUUUAUUUGGAAAUGGACCUCCAGUGUGUAUUUAUUCAGAACUGCUGGGCAGGAACGUGACUGUUGGUUGGUUGGUUUGUUUAAAGUUUAAAUCAGCCUCACAUCCACUGGAUUAGUUUAUCUCAACCUGUAUCUGUGCCAUAUAAAUCGAGAUAUUUAAAGUUAAUGAAUCUGUUCACAAAUUCACUUUGCAUAUUGCUCAUAGUUGUCAGGUUGCAUGUUCACACAGUUAAAACUUUUGUAUUUGGAGCUCUAGCACAGUAAGCAUUACUUCUCCCUUUAAGCAAGAAAAUACUCUUGAUAGGGUUAUUUUUUUUCCUCACUCCACAGAGCAAUAUUUGUAUUAAAAAUCCCAAACUUUAAAAAAUCCUGUGCACUAAAUUUUAUUGAAGAGUAUCCAGAAGAUGCAGUAUAAAACUUCAGGCUUUCUGAAAUUAUCUAAAAUGUCUACAUUUAUUUUUGUCAUGAUAACAAAAAAGCAGAUCAGAUGUGCUUGAAUUCAGGAAUGCUACCUAUUGUGUCAACACUUAAAAGAAUGAUUCAUCUCAAAAUUAAGAUUUGCUAAAAAUGUGCUCCCCCGCUCAGGCCAUCCAAGAUGUAGAUGAGUUUGUUUCUUCAUGGUAACAGAUUUGGAGAAAUGUAGCAUUCCAUCACUUGCUCACCAGUGGAUCAUCUGCAGUGAAUGGGUGCCGUCAGAAUGAGAGUCUAAACAGCUGAUAAAAACAUCAAGUAACAACAAGUAAUCCACACCAGUCCAGUCCAGUCCAUUCAUUUACUAAUUAUCAAUAAUCCAUCAAAGCAAUUUAAUUUGAAGCCAUUACUUCUGGCCAAAAUACGAGUCCAUAAUAAUGUUUCCUCCAGUGAAAAAUUCCUAUCUCUGUUUGUCCUCUCACAUCGAAAUCCAUCCACAUAUCUGUUUAGGAUUAUUAUGGACUGUAUUAACUUGUAAAUGCUGCUGGAUCUGUGCAUAUUUCUCUCCUGAUUCAGACGAGAAAGCAGUAUUUUGGAAAAUGAACUUUCAGCCAGAAAUUAAAUUGAAAUUGAAAUUAAAAACCUGUUCUGACGGCACCCGUUCAACUGCAGAGGAUCUACGGAUGAGCAAGUGAUUUAAUUCUACAUUUCUCCAAAGCUGUUAUGGUGAAGCAAACUUCUCUACAUCUUGGAUGGAAUGAGGAUGAGGUAUUUUUCAGCAAUUUUUUAUUUUUGUGUGAACUGUUUCUUUAAAUGCCACCUAAUUGGAACAUUUUAUUUCGGAGCAACAUUGCUCUGUUAAACACACCUGUAAGGUUUCAGAUCACCAAUUCAGAUUUAGGGCUUGCUUGUUCAUUUACCUCAAGUCAAAAUAUCACACUUCAGCAGCACAUGCACUGUAUUUGUACACUGUAUUUUUUGCUCAUUGUAUUUUUUUUAAAUUUCUUUAUAUGAUAUGUUUAGAUUGUUUUUACUUUUGUGAUUCAACAUUUGUCUUAAAUUUUCGUGAUAAAAAUGCAACUUUAAAUUACUAAUUGUCAUGUUGUUGAAUCCGCGUUGCAUUAAACAACAUGACAAAUAAUAAUUUAAAGUUGCAUUUUUAUCACGAAAAUUAAUUCAGUAAUGAAAUUAUUAUAUAAAGAUAUCAGAAUAGCAGGAUUUGUUCACUGGUUAAAAACUACACUUGGUCUCUCUGCAUUGUUUUAUUCUUGUAAUGUGUUCUUUAUAAUAAGGUAAUUUUCAUAAAGAUUGCAUAGUUUUGUACUUUAAUAGUGUUUUUUGCAAAUAUGGUAAUAUUUAAUUCAUAUACUGUAAUAUUUAAUUCAUGGAAAAUUCUAGUUCUGCAUGAAAUGUUUUGUACAUUCUGUAUUCAAUCGCACAAUUAUCAGAACAAAUGUGACAAAGUUGGCAAAAUUCCAGGGAAAACCAAACCUAUGUUUUUUUAAAGGGAUUUUAAGUGUAAAUAUAGAAUUUCUUUGCUGAAUUAUUUAAACUUGUAACUAUAAUAUAAAUGAGAUUUAAAUGAAUGAAAUAGUGAAAUAUUUUAUUUUGUUUCAUUCUGAGCAAAAAUACAAACCAAGGUUAAUCUGUCCUAAAUGGAUAAUUUCAACAUCCAAAAACUGUUUUAGUAUAGUAAAUGCAUGCAUUUUUCAAGUAAUUUAAUUAUUCUUUUGCACUCAAAAUGGACGGUUUUCACAACCUGCAGGCAGACACCCAUGAAAACCAAUGGGAAACAACCAAUCAUAACUGUUAUUUGAUAAUUUUUGCACUCCAGUUUGAAUAAAGUGGCAAAAUUAA